CGUAGUAUUAACACUGUCCGUUGAUUCAUUCGAAGUGGAAUCGGACACCCACAGUUCUACUAAUCGCAAGGAUUAGACUUACUCUUACUACAGAAGAGUGGAUUGUAUAUUGUUUAACGUUUAAACUGGCACCUUUUUAAGCGUGGCGUUACGAAGCUGCACAUGCCAAAACAAUGCCAGAAAACGAUUCAGUGAGAUUGUACAUUUUGCUUGACCAGGCUUCACUAGAGUCAGUUAAGGCAUCUAGUGGAAAAGAGUUCCAACUACUUAAUCCUGAUAAACAUAAAGAUCGGAUUUUAAAGGCCGGUGUUGAUGUUGCCACAGUUCGUCCAGAUAUUACCCAUCAAUGUCUACUCAUGCUACUUGAUAGCCCAUUAAACCGAGUUGGCAAACUGCAGGUUUUUAUUCGAACAAGAAAAAAUGUGAUAAUUGAAGUGAAUCCUAAAACAAGAAUACCACGUACAUUCGAUCGAUUUUGUGGGCUUAUGGUGCAACUUUUACACAAACUCUCAAUACAUGCUGAAGGUGGCAAUCGUGAGAAACUAUUAAAAUUUUUUUUUCAUAGAUCGUCAAAAACCCUGUAACACGACACUUUCCAAUCGGUGCUCCAGUUAUUACAAUGUCGUUUUCAUCAAAGGAACAAAUUAAACCAAUUCAACUAGCUGAAGAGACACAGAAACCUAACCCUCAAUCAGUUGUUAUUGUUAUUGGUGCAUUAGCCCAUGGUUCAGUUGUCGAUACUUGUAAAGAGUUUACACAACGUACAGUCAGUAUUAGUAACUUUCCUUUAUCGGCCGCUCAGACAUGCGCUCGAAUAUGUACUGCAUUCGAAGAAGUAUGGUGUGUUGAAGAUAUUUUAAGUGGAGUAAAAACGCAAAUAGAAACCUGAUACGUUAAAAUGACAUCAGUGAUAUGUAUGAUAAUAUUUAUUUG